AUGAAAGUGACAUGGAAGAACAAGAAGAAGAAACCCUUACCAAACUUCACCGACCUUCCCUUUGAACACGACACCGACCAACCCAAUUCACACACUACCGAACAUGAUUCUGAUGGAACAACGCUACCUUCUUCCAAUUCCGAUCAAUCAACGCAAUUAUCCAUGCAAUUUCAAGCUCAAGGUGACAAACUCGCUAUGAAUACUGUUUUUCCCAUGUUUUUUUUGCAGGAGGGGAAGUAUAGGGAAGCACUGGGUAAAUGGGAAGCUGCUCUUACAUUGGCGCCUGAUGUUCCGGCUUUGCAUGAACAAAAGGCCCAAGUUUUACUAGAAAUUGGAGAACCUUGGACUGCUUUAAAGGCUGCAACUCGAGCUACUGAAUUGAAGCCAUCGUGGGCUGAGGCUUGGGUCACACUUGGGAGAGCACAGCUUAAUUAUGGCGAGCCUGAUAAUGCUAUUGAAAGCUUUGACAGAGCUUUAGCUCUCAAGCCUGAUUUUGAGGAAGCACAAGAUGAUAGAAAAGCUGCAUCUCGUCUUGUAAAGAAGAGAAAGCAACUUCACUCUUCAGGCUUGAGCGCUACUCAAAAUCGUUAUACGGUAGGUGAUAAAAAUGAAAGCUCAUGA